GUCCCUCUGGCUUUUCUAUUUUUGAAGUAUGUCAAACGGGGUUUUUCAUACAUCCUUGCAGUACCAGAAAAGGUGCUGAGAAAACUCUCCCACCAUUUGAAAAACCUUUUUUCUUGGGCUUUGCUCCUCAAAACAUUCCCACUUCCUCCUCCUCCUCCUCUCUCUCUCUCUCUCUCUCUCUCUCUCUCCAUAUUUUUACCACACCAAUCCAGUAGAUCCUUCUUCCUCUUGAAAAACUUGACCCUUAAAAGUAAAAAACAGAAAAACAUAGAAAAGAAAAAGAAAAACCCCUAAAAGAAAACUAGAAAUCUCUAGAGGUCUUUUCUAAAGCUUUUGAACACCGAACAGAAACUUUCCUCCCAUUUUCUUCUCACUCUGUUUUUUUUUUUUUUGUCUCUUUUCAGGAUCUAAUUAAUACUUUGUUUGGAAACAAACCCAGAUUCUAGUUUUCUUUAAACCUCUGAAAAACCCAAAAGAUUUUCAAAGCUUUGUGAGUGAGUGAGAGAGUCAUAGUCACAUGUCUACUCAAAUAGACCAACAGCCACCGCCGCUGGCGGUGACCCAGCAAGCCUACACGACCCACUCGGGCCACGGGUCGGUGGGGCCCGUGAUCGCCGUACUUGCAGUGAUAACUAUUCUUGGAGUCAUAGCCGGGAUGAUCGGCCGGCUUUGUUCCGGCCGCCGCAUCAUGGGUCAUGGACAGUACGACUUUGAGAGCUGGGUGGAGAGGAAAUGCUCGUCGUGCCUCGACGGCAGAGUCGACUAUCCCCCGCCGCGCCACCCUGCGCCAACCGCCACCGAAGAGCCUGUGCCGGUGGCCGAGCCGGUGGAAACCCCACAAGAGAUAAAGGAAGAAGAGGAAGCUCAUGAAAAUACAAACGGACAUGGGCAUGGGCAUGGGCAUGGGCAUGGACAUGGUGAAUCUUGACAAGAGAUUAUGGUUAUACUCUAUCUCUCUUUUUCUUUUUCUUUUUUUCUUUUUUUAUGUGAAAUGGGUUCUUCUAAUAAUUUUAGUUUUAUCCUUUAUUUUUAUUUUUUUUUUAUUUUUAGUGUUUGAGUUUAGUUUUUAAUUUUUAUUUUUUUAAUGCUGGUUUUUUCUUUUUCUUUUUCCAAAUUUUCAUGGGGCAUGCAACAUCAAAGAAUGUUCAUUAUGAUCAGCAUGAGAACAUUAUUAUGAGAUUGGUGAUUUUUUCUUUUUCUUUUUUUUUUUUCAUGAAUAUAAUUAAGUAAAAAUUUUGGAGGAAGAAAGAAACUCUAUUUCUCCGUACACCUUUUUGCUUUCCCAUUCUUGUCAGCAUAU